AUGCCGGCCAAGUCGAGAUUCACCAAGCUCGAUGCCUUCACCAAGACGGUCGACGAGGCGCGCAUCCGCACCACGAGUGGCGGCAUCGUCACCAUCGUCUCGCUCCUCGUCGUCCUCUUCCUCGCCUGGGGCGAAUGGGUCGACUAUCGCCGCACCGUCAUACACCACGAGCUCGUUGUCGACAAGGGCAGAGGAGAGCGAAUGGAAAUCCACCUCAACAUAACCUUCCCCAAGAUGCCCUGUGAGCUGCUCACCCUCGACGUCAUGGACGUCUCUGGCGAGCAGCAGCACGGCGUUGCCCACGGCGUCAACAAGGUCCGGCUGCGACCUCAGGCCCAGGGCGGCGGCAUCAUUGACAUCAAGUCCCUGGCCCUCCACGACGAGACGGCCCACCACCUCGACCCCAAGUACUGCGGCGAGUGCUACGGCGCGACUGCCCCGCCCACGGCGCAAAAGGCCGGCUGCUGCAACAGCUGCGACGAGGUGCGCGAGGCCUACGCGGUCCAGGGAUGGGCCUUUGGCCGCGGCGAGGGUGUGGAGCAGUGCCAGCGCGAACACUACGCCGAGAAGCUGGAUGCACAGAGGGAGGAGGGCUGUCGCAUCGAGGGCGGCUUGCAGGUUAACAAGGUCGUGGGAAACUUCCAUCUCGCGCCCGGUCGCAGCUUCAGCAACGGCAACAUUCACGUCCACGACCUCAAGAACUACUGGGACAUGCCCAAGGGCAAGCAGCACGACUUUACCCACACCAUCCACCAGCUGCGCUUCGGGCCCCAGAUCCCCGACGACCUCAAGCAAAAGCUGAGCGGUUCCAAGGCGAAGCCGUGGACCAACCACCACAUCAACCCGCUCGAGGGCGCCAAUCAGGAGACAAAGGACCCCAACUUCAACUACAUGUACUUUGUCAAGAUUGUGCCUACCUCGUACCUGCCGCUUGGCUGGGAGAAGCAGUUGCAGAAGCUUGCCGGCCUGGCGGCUGGGGGCGCCGACGGGAGCCUCGAGACGCACCAGUACUCUGUCACGAGCCACAAGAGAAGCCUGACGGGCGGAGACGAUGCGGCCGAGGGCCACGCGGAGCGGCAGCACUCGAAGGGUGGGAUCCCGGGCGUCUUCUUCUCAUAUGACAUCUCUCCGAUGAAGGUCAUCAACCGGGAGGAACAGCCCAAGUCCUUUCUCGGAUUCCUGGCAGGACUGUGUGCCAUCGUGGGCGGCACGCUGACGGUGGCUGCGGCCGUGGAUCGGGGCCUGUUUGAGGGCUCGACGAGGCUGAGAAAGAUGCGGUCCAAGGAUUUGUGA